AAAAGGGCCUCUGUUCUCGUUACAGCCAGCAAGGAAGGGAUCAGGCCGGUGGCUCCUCUAAGCUCCCUUGUUUUCUCUGCAAGGGAAACAGACUGGCUUGGUGGCUUUCCUCUAUCUCCCGGUCUCGGUAAAGCCCAAGAAUAUAGCCAGAGGAGCCCUAAGAAUCUGUCCCCAGUCUGCAGGCACUGCUGUAGCGCCCAUCUGCUUCGCUUCCAGUGGUGCAACCUUCGGAGACCCCACUCCAGCACGCCGAGGGCGGCAGCAGAGGGCCCUUUAAGGGGCGGGGCCAGUGCUUUCCCAAGGACCGCCUCCUCUGAUUUGACAUACCACUUGCGGCGCUGGCUCGCGCCUCCGCCAACCGCUUUUACUUUUCCUUCCCGUCUCUUCUCUAGUGACCCCGGAAGUGGAAGUGGGCGCAGGUCGGCGGCCGCGGCGGGGACUGAAGGCGGAAGCAGAGCGUGAGGAGGAGGCGGAGCCGGGGGAGCUGCUCUCGUAGCUCCCCCUGGCCCUAGGCCCAGCUGCUCGAGGGGGAGGAGUUACUGCCGCUCUUUGGCAUCAGAACUUACCAUAAUGGCUGUGACCUAAAGUCCUCAGGAAGCCCCGGGGUCAUGGCCCAGAAGCACCCCGGAGAAGGAGGGUUGUGUGGAGCCCACCACAGUGGUGGUGCCUCCCUCAGGACUUUAGGACCCUCUGUGGACCCUGAAAUACUUUCAUUCUCAGGACUCAGGGACUCAGCGGGGCCUGCUCCUAAUGGUACCCGCUGCCUCACAGAGCACUCUAGUCCUAAGUACACACAGCCCCCAAAUCCAGCCCACUGGUCGGAUCCAAGCCAUGGCCUCCCGAGGGGUCCAGGACCCCCAAGGGAUGGAGAGGACCCACAUCAGUGUGAGGCAUCUUCAGAAGAGUCAGGAGUGGACCAGGAACUCUCAAGAGAGAAUGAGACUGGGCACCAGGAGGAUGGGAACCCGUCUUUUCUUUCCAUUCCAUCUGUUUGUAACUGCCAGGGAACCCCUGGAAUCCCUGAAGGGCCUUACUCUGAGGGAGGAGAUAGCUCUUCUAGCAACUUUUGCCACCACUGUACCGCUCCAGCUUUGGGGGAAGAUGAAGAGUUGGAAGAGGAAUACGAUGAUGAGGAACCUCUUAAAUUCCCCAGUGAUUUUUCACGUGUGCCCAGUGGAAAGAAACCUCCACCCCGGAGACAGCGGCACCGAGUUCCAGCCAAGGAGGAUACUCGGGAGGGUGGACGCAGGGAUCCCAGAUCCCCUGGUCGGCAUCGGCUGGGUCGCAAACGAAGUCAGGCAGAUAAACGCAGAGGCCUGGGAUUGUGGGGAGCAGAGGAGCUGUGUCAGCUUGGACAGGCAGGCUUCUGGUGGCUGAUCGAACUGCUGGUAUUAGUGGGGGAGUACGUGGAAACUUGUGGCCAUCUCAUCUAUGCAUGCAGGCAGCUGAAAGGCAGUGAUCUGGACCUUUUUCGAGUCUGGGUGGGAGUUUGGGCAGGGCGACUGGGGGGCUGGGCCCAGGUGAUAUUCCAAUUUCUGAGCCAAGGGUCUUGCUAUGGGGCAGGGCUGUUCACCCGUUUUCUUAGGCUACUGGGUGCUUUGCUGCUUCUGGCCCUGGCCCUUUUGUUGGGCUGUCUACAGUUGGGUUGGCGGUUUCUGGUAGGACUGGGUGACCGUUUAGGCUGGAGGGGUAAAGCCACCUGGCUCUUCUCUUGGCUGGCUUCUCCCACCUGGCAACGGUGCCUGAUUCUGCUGAGAGAUAGCAGGCCAUGGCAGCAGCUGGUAAGAAUGGUUCAGUGGGGUUGGCUGGAGUUGCCUUGGGUCAAGCAGAGGACUAAGAGGCAGGGGAAUGCACCGGUAGCUAGUGGGCGCUACUGCCAGCCUGAAGAGGAAGUGGCUCGACUCUUGACCAUGGCUGGGGUUUCUGAGGAUGAGCUAAACCCUUUCCAUGUGUUGGGAGUUGAAGCCACAGCAUCAGAUGUUGAACUGAAGAAGGCCUAUAGGCAGCUGGCAGUGAUGGUUCAUCCUGACAAAAAUCAUCACCCCCGGGCUGAGGAGGCCUUCAAGGUUUUGCGGGCAGCUUGGGACAUUGUCAGCAACCCUGAAAGACGGAAGGAAUAUGAGAUGAAACGAAUGGCAGAGAAUGAGCUGAGCCGGUCAGUGAAUGAGUUUCUGUCCAAGCUGCAGGAUGAUCUCAAAGAGGCAAUGAAUACUAUGAUGUGCAGCCGAUGCCAGGGAAAGCAUAGGAGGUUUGAAAUGGACCGGGAACCUAAGAAUGCCAGAUACUGUGCUGAGUGUAAUAGGCUGCAUCCUGCUGAGGAAGGAGACUUCUGGGCAGAGUCAAGCAUGUUGGGCCUCAAGAUCACCUACUUUGCGCUGAUGGAUGGAAAGGUGUAUGACAUCACAGAGUGGGCUGGAUGCCAGCGUGUGGGAAUCUCCCCAGAUACCCACAGAGUCCCCUAUCACAUCUCAUUUGGUUCGCGGAUGCCAGGCACCAGUGGGCGGCAGAGAGCUACCCCAGAUGCCCCUCCUGCUGACCUUCAGGAUUUCUUGAGCCGGAUUUUUCAAGUACCCCCAGGCCAGAUGUCCAAUGGGAACUUCUUUGCAGCUCCUCAGCCUGGUCCUGGGGCCACUGCAGCCUCCAAGCCCAACAGCACAGUACCCAAGGGAGAAGCCAAACCCAAGCGGCGGAAGAAAGUGAGGAGGCCCUUCCAACGUUGACCCCCUCUUCUCUUUCCUCAAAUCAAUGUCAGGGAGUCAAAAGGGCUGUGUAUAGCACCUGAUGGAGUUUGAUUUGUUUAUUUUUAAAUAUUUUAAAAAGGGAAGAUUUUAAGCUCAAAUCGUUCACUCAGUAUUUGUAGGAAGCCCUGGAACCACUCUCCCUCCUCCAUCAGCACCCAGGAACUGAAUCUUGUCUUCUGACAAUACCAAAGAAAUAGAGGGUGGCUAGAGCAAAGAACCUAAGGGCCUGGAUCUGGGCUGGACAAUAUCUCCCACAGUAGUGUGGGAACUGGGUAUUUCCCUGAGGUCUGUAUGCCUUUGUUUUGUCCUUUGCUUCUAUGGCAGAUGACACUUUCUCCCCUUUUUAAACUACAAGUCUUAUCUUUUUUCUUGACCCAUUUGAGGAGGGAGCCCCCCCCUCCCUUGCCCCAAUAUACUAGUAAAAAUGAACAAGAAAGCAUGUAAGCCUCAUUACAGGACAUACAGAGUUCAGAGUGGCAACUCUCACCUUGUGGGUAAGCAUCCAACUUCAUGCUUGUUGCAGGGAUGGCCAAAACUAGUAACUUUUAAAGAGCAGAUUCAUGCCCUCUGCCCUUGGGUGAUGGGGAAGGAUAAAGAGGUUCCCGGCAGCCCCCAUAUGAUCCAAGGGUUUGUAUUUUUUUAAGUUUGUUCAUAUUUGUAUGUACAUAUCUAUUUAAAGCCAGGGGAUUAUCUUUCUAUAAAUAUGUAACUGGCAACCUG